GUCAAAUGCGUGCACACUAUAUAUUUCAUAAGAUUCGACAAACAAAAUAAAUUUUAAAUUUAUUGAUUAUUUCCUUACUUCUUCAAAUGUACAACAUGUUAAGAGCGUUAAAAUCCCACGCGGAAGCACCCAUAAUAGUUGUUACCCGUGCGGCAUCAACAAAUGCGGAAAAGCUCGAGGAGAUUCGCGAACGUCUGGCUAAGGGACCCAAUUUUCAGGACUUUGUCCAGAACCCGGAAUACUCGAAAAGCGAGUGGGAAAACUACGAGGGAAAGUUGCGUCGCGAAAAGGGCGAAGAACAACGUUUGCGAUUGCCGCCAUGGUUGAAGACCACCAUCCCUGUGGGCAAGAACUACGCCAAGAUUAAGGCCCAGAUGCGGGAGCUCAAGCUUUCCACCGUCUGCGAAGAAGCCCGGUGUCCCAACAUCGGCGAGUGCUGGGGCGGCGGCGAACAUGGAACGCAGACAGCAACAAUUAUGCUUAUGGGCGAUACUUGUACUCGAGGCUGUCGGUUUUGUUCAGUCAAGACGGCACGAAAGCCUCCUCCGUUGGACGUGAAUGAACCUGUGAACACAGCCACAGCAAUUGCCUCCUGGGGAUUGGACUACAUCGUGUUGACCUCAGUAGAUCGCGAUGAUUUACCUGACGGUGGCUCCAAGCACAUAGCCGAAACUGUUCGGGAAAUAAAGGCGCGUAACUCUAACAUCUUUGUCGAGUGUUUGGUGCCGGACUUUCGUGGCAAUUUGGAGUGUGUGGAGACGAUUGCUAACUGCGGCCUGGAUGUUUAUGCGCACAACAUUGAGACGGUGGAGAAGCUCACACCCUAUGUGCGAGACAGACGUGCCCACUAUCGUCAAACUUUGCAGGUGCUAACCGAGGCUAAGAAAUUCAAUCCUAAUCUCAUCACGAAGAGUUCGAUUAUGCUGGGCCUCGGCGAAACGGAUGAGGAGGUUGAAAAUACUUUGAAGGACCUGCGGCAGGCCGGAGUAGAUUGCGUAACCUUGGGGCAAUACAUGCAGCCGACAAACAAGCACCUAAAGGUUAUCGAAUACGUCACCCCCGAGAAGUUCAAGCACUGGGAAGAGCGCGGCAACGAGUUGGGAUUCCUUUACACCGCCAGCGGUCCUCUGGUUCGCAGUUCCUACAAAGCCGGAGAGUUCUUCAUCACAAGCAUAUUAGAAAACCGCAGGAAACGGGAAAAUGCCAAUGCAGACCCCAAGAAAUAAUUGCAAAUCCCUUCUGAUUCGAAAAUUUAGACGCCUACGUACGUAUAUGGAUAUCUUUGGUUUGAGCAAACCAUAGCUUUUUGUGCAAUGUAUAUAUUAGAAGACAAAUUUAUUAUUUUCAAAUAAAUCGAAUUGUUGGUAGCUUUUAAGGAAA